UUGGUUGUCAAGGCAAACGAAAUGUGCUUUUUGCGCCAUUGAUCAAAUUCAGUUAGAGUUUCAGUUUUAGUUUGUGUAACAAGCACAGUGUACAUAUUUAUUAACAAUGUCGUAUCAAAAUUGGUUGGACUAUUUGCAGUCCGCUGAGAAGAACUCAAUGCUCAGUGGCAAGCUGCGUAAAGUGCAUUACAAGUUUCCCGAUGGUCGCCAAAUGGCAGAAGAAUACAACAUGGACACGGGCAUUGUGCAGCGUCGAGCGUGGCGCAAGUCCAAGCAACUCAUGGGUGAGCCGGAGUGGGAACUCGAGCUGGGUGAGGAGCCACGGCAAAUCAACUGGAAUGGCAACAAUUCAAGAGGCGGUGGAGGCGAUGCAGACAAUGUGUCGGGUGGCGAGUUCACAGUGCGUGAGAGCAACUCGGCGCCGUUGCUAACCAAACGGGUGACCAAGAAGAACAUCGAGUGGCGCAUACGCAAUCUGCCGUAUCCACUUAAUGUUUACAAUGUCUCGGCCGAGCCGGAUUUACAUGCAAUUGUGGUGCGCACCAGUAACAAGAAGUACUACAAGGUGAUUCCUGUACCUGAUCUGGAUCGCUGUGGCAUGCCACCGAUACAGGCGAAUAUAAGCACACAUCACCAGUUCAAUACUCUGAUCAUCACCUAUCAGAAGCCGGACAUUUUGUGCGAGAUGGAAGCCCAGGUUUUGCUGCUGCUCAAGAAUGUGGAAACUGAGACUGAUAUGGAUGAUCUGUUGAAGGGUUUGCUGGCCAAAUAAAACACAAUUGCCAUACUGCACAUAAAGUCU